CCCACGCCCACCAGAACCUCUGUGAGUAUCGCUUUCUAUCCCCCGGAUGCCGUCGUGUGGCCUGUUGGUUGCGUUUAUCGUCGAUUGGAGGAUGGAUGCAGGCUGCAGACGAUGGAUGGGGUCGGUCUCGCCAGGAUGACGUGAGUACUGAUACUCGUCUCUCCCGCCUAGAAUCAAGAUGGGUCGCCGUCCCGCUCGCUGCUACCGUUACUGCAAGAACAAGCCCUACCCCAAGUCGCGCUACAACCGUGGUGUGCCCGACUCAAAGAUCCGCAUCUUUGACCUCGGCCGCAAGCGUGCCUCCGUCGACGAGUUCCCCUACUGCUGCCACCUCGUCUCCGAUGAGUACGAGCAACUCUCCAGCGAGGCGCUAGAAGCCGCCCGUAUCUGCGCCAACAAGUACGUCACCAAGACGUCCGGCAAGGAUUCCUUCCAUCUCCGUGUCCGUGUCCACCCCUUCCAUGUCAUCCGCAUCAACAAGAUGUUGUCCUGCGCGGGUGCCGAUCGUCUGCAAACCGGUAUGCGUGGUGCCUGGGGCAAGCCGUACGGCACCGUCGCCCGUGUGAACAUCGGCCAGAUCAUCCUCUCGGUCCGCACGAAGGACUCGAACGCUCCUGUCGUCCAGGAGGCCCUCCGCCGCGCACGGUACAAGUUCCCCGGUCGCCAGAAGAUCAUCGUCUCCCGCAAGUGGGGUUUCACGAACGUCAACCGUGAGGACUACCUCAAGCUCAAGGAGGAGAAGCGGGUCUUGCAGGACGGCGCUUACGUACAGUACAUCCGCCCCAAGGGCAACCUCGAGAACAACCUCCGUGCCCAGCUCCGCGCGUAAGGUUAGUUGACAUCGUGUCGCAUUGUAUGUACCUACCACAUCCGCUGCAUCGUCGUUACGACGACUGUUCUUGGCCCGACAUGCAUGUGCGCAUGGUCUUUAGCUUGUGAGUCGUCUCGUUUUGCGUAGGUAUGUAUCCAUGUUGGUCCUGGUCGCCGAGCAGUUCUCAAUUCAGUGUGAGUGCGGUCAGUGUGUCAUGUCCUGUUCUCGUCAUACCCCCUGUUUUCUCCCCUUUUCUGCACUGCCCUAUUAUUCACUACGUCGCUCUUUAUCCGUGGGCGACGGUUAGGGGAAACGGGGCAAAGAUUGAAAGCUUCACGAAUAUCGUCCGAAUCGGAAGAGCUUCGCGCUCGGCUGGGGAUUUGGAUUCUCGAAGAUGCAGACAUUACUUCAUGUAUUGUAGCUACGUUUAAUAUGAUGCCUCUGCACUGGUA